AUGCACAAAGCGUGUAGAUCAUAUGACACGGCAGCUACUUGUAUGCUACAUCGCAGACAUUGUGGCACGGAUUUGAUGUUUGAUUCACUCACAAGCGGGUUACGGUACAUGUGUAAGGAUCAGAAAGAAGCAUUCACCGCUUUGGCCGACUGUAUUGACGAAAACAGCGGGCGCGUCAGUCAAGGUAUAUUUUUGUUCAUAGGUUGA